AUGCAGAGACUAAUAGUGAUUUUUGCGGUUCUGGGCUGUCUGCUGCUUGCGACAAAAAAAGGAUCAGCCUACUUGCUGGAUCCUGGAUGCGGAAAAUCCAAUCGUUUCGAUAGCUAUAUCAAGAUUGGUGGGGGUGAAGAUGCAGGCAUAUUCGCGAAUCCUUGGAUGGUAUCGGUUAUGAUAUCGGGUCAGCACAUGUGUGGCGGUUCUCUAAUCACAUCGCGCUUUGUUCUGACGGCAGCGCAUUGCAUUUCGAAUGAUUUCAUGACGGUGAGAUUGGGCCAAUACAAAAUUAUCGACCCUGUGCCGGAUUGCUCUUCUGGUACUUGCACACAAAUAGCGUAUACUAAAGAUGUGGAUAAGAAACUUCCUCAUUCGAAGUUCCGCUCGGGUUCCAUACUGUAUGAUAUAGGCCUGCUUCGAAUGGCUACUGACGUUCAGUACUCAGACUACGUCAGGCCGAUAUGCCUCCUCCUCAAUGCACAACUGGAAAAUGUUUCACGGCUCAACGUUACCGGCUGGGGAAGUCGUGAAAAUGGUCAAAUGAGUCGCACUCUGCAAACAGCCACUCUAAACAGAGUCGACACUGCUAAUUGUUAUCAGAAGUAUAGGCAGUCGAUUGAUCACACCCAUAUUUGUACCGCCAGUUAUACCAGUCAAACCUGCGCGGGGGACUCUGGCGGUCCCUUGAGCGCAGAGGUUUUUUACGGAGGAGCACUAAGACCGUUUCUGUACGGUGUGGUCAGCUUUGGAGCUCAGAACUGUUCCACAUCUGGUUUUGAUGUUCACACAAAUGUGGGCCAAUAUACAGACUGGAUCCCGGAUGCUUUGUAUCACAAUUCGUUUAACUAGAACUACGUGGAACUACCAAUGUAGCAUACCAAAUAAUAAACUAUCCGAUGAA